AUGCCACGCGUUCAGUUUAUUGGGCAGAUUAGUUUAUCAUAUGGGAAUACUCUACCAGAGUUAUGUUCAAAACUAAAAAAUUUUGGUGUUGGACGUACUUUUGUACGUACUGCUCAAGAUCAAAAUAGAGAAGUAUCUUAUGUUGUAUUAACACGAAGUCGUCCAGUAAUAACACAAACUCCACCAAAAGUCAUUGUUGGUAAACUCGAUGAAAUAGCUACAAUUACACGAAAACUACCUGAUACUCAAAGUGAAUUUUUUGGUCGUAUUGUUGAUCGUGGUGUUUUAUUGAAUGGUGGUCGUGAAAUGAAAAUUAAAAGUGCUAUUAAUCCUGAUUGGCGAUUAAUUCGAAAAGAGGAUGAAGAUUAUUAUCGUCAGAAUACUCUUAAAACACAAGAUAUAUCUGAUAAAAGUCGUGAUCAAUCAAGUAUUAGUUCAUUACAGGAACAUAUUCCUACUAUUAUCAAAUUCUGGGCAAGAACUAAUGGUUAA